ACUUUGUGCUGACUCGGUCAGAAAAAGUGCUAUAUGAAUCUGAAUGACUCGACUUGACUUUGAAACCCCCACCCCCAUUGCCAGUGCCACAGAGACGGCUAAGAGUGUCCGAUGUCCUGACUUCUGAGUUUAUGUGAAACGUGGCCUCUCGGCUCCCCCAUCGCCGGUGGCUCAUCUCCUGUGGAGCGAGCGGAGCUGUCCCAUCUUCAGAGAGGCAGAGCGUGGGGGGGCAGGCGGGGAGGCACUCGCAGUACUGCAGAGACCUGCAGCUCCUCCCCCUGACUCCAGCACGCCCCCCCCCCCCCUCCAGAGAGUGUGAGGGACAGAUAGAGAGAGAGGGAGAGAUGAGGAUGAGGGCAGCCGGGGAGAAGUCAGAGGAGCUGGUGGAAGGUAGACUACUGCUUAUUCCACAGCAAACAUACACACACACACACACUCAUACACACAAACACACACACACACACACACACACUCAUACACGCACAGCGGAAUACCCGGCAGGUCCGUUUCAAAGAGCGCGCUGAAAGUGCCCCGCACUGAAAGAGGAGAGGAAGAAGGGAUGAAGUAAGGAGGCGGGGCGGGAGCGUGGGGUUCGAGGACCCGCCCAGGACCGGGCGCCCGAAAUGUCACCCCCGUCAGGCCAGCUGCUGCCCCGCGAGCCGUUGGACAUGCUGUACAUCUCCGUGGAGACGGCCAUCGCCGUGGCGUCCGUGCUGGGGAACGUGCUGGUCAUCCUGGUGGUGGCGCUCAACCGCGGCCUGCGGGACCCCACCUUCUGCUUCAUCGUCUCCCUGGCGCUGGCCGACAUCGCCGUGGGAACGCUGGUCAUCCCGCUGGCCGUGGUCAUCAGCCUGGGGCUGCGGACGCAGUUCUUCACCUGCCUCUUCCUCUCCUGCCUCCUCCUCAUCAUCACGCAGAGCUCCAUCCUCUCGCUGCUGGCCAUCGCCGUCGAUCGCUACCUGCGGGUCAAGAUCCCGACCAGGUACGGCGUGAUUGUGACAGAGCGGCGGGCGUGGGUGGCGGUGUGCGUGUGCUGGCUGCUCUCCGCGCUCGCUGGCAUGGUGCCCAUGCUCGGCUGGCACAACCCGGACCCCAGUGCCAACCUGACGACGGCAGGCGGCGACAUCGUCUGCCACUUCACCACGGUCAUGAGCAUGGACUACAUGGUCUACUUCAACUUCUUCGGCUGGGUGGUGGCGCCCCUCUCCAUCAUGAUCGGCCUGUACGCGCAGAUCUUCCACGUGAUUCGCCGGCAGCUGAACCGGCGCGCGGAGGCCACCUGCGACGCCAGCCGGUACUACCGCAAGGAGCUGAAGCUGGCCAAGUCGCUGGCGCUGGUGGUGCUCCUGUUCGCCCUCUGCUGGCUGCCGCUGCACGUGAUGAACUGCGUGGACUUCUUCUGCGCGGGCUCCUGUGCGGUGCCCCAGAGCGCCGUGUACGUGGGCAUCUUCAUGUCGCACGUCAACUCUGCCGUCAACCCGCUGGUGUACGCCUUCCGCAUCGCCCGCUUCCGCGCCACGCUGCUCCAGAUAUGGCGGCGCUGGGUGCUGUGCCACCCCGCCGGGCCCAGCCCGUGCCAGCCGUGCCCGCCGCUCGCCGAGAAGACGCCCUGCCCGCCCAUCGCUAGCGCCCCCGCGCCGGAACACCAAGGCUGAGUGGCAGGACCCGCGGCAGUCCGAUGCAGGUUUCCAAUGGCAGCCGCCAGCCAAUGGGCGCGCGCGCAUGACAAUGCGCCAUGGCGGCUGGGUGGGAAGACACCACCCCGCGGGGCAAAGCUAGGUCUGACACUGGCAGGGCUUUGCUGGGGGUUGAUGGAUAAAGUACCGUUCAUGAGUGAAAUGUAUAUUACAGUCAUCACUGCACUGCCCAGUGAUGGACAGCCAGCACGGACUCAAACAAUGUCAUAUGCUAAUGUGAUCAUACCUUAGAACAGGGGCAUCAGAUACCAGCGCUUGAGGGCUACGGUGUCCAAUCAGCAGCCAGUUCAGUUCUUGGAAACAGGGUAUGCAGACUCUUGAAGUCACUGAUUGGCUAAAGAGUUUGCAUACUGCAUAGUGCUGCCUCCGGGACUGGAGUCUGACGUCCCUGCUUCAGAAGUUUCCAAAGUU